CUUGUAAGCGAGAAACAAAAGUGUUGUUGGUCGGUCUUCUCCGCUCCGCCGCUCGCCAGUAAGCAAGCUGCUUCUUCUUCAGUUGUGAGCUCGCUCGCUCUUGGACGAGGAGAUGAACCGUAUUGGAUUGAUAAGGGGAUCAUCCAAGGAUGUUGCCCGGAGAACGUUCGCUGCAGCAGCUAGUAAAGCCAAGAAAGGUGGCAAAGGAGGAGGAGCUAGCGAUGCUCCUAAAGGUUCCUCCUUGACCAAAGAGAUCAAAUCCACCACCGUUGUUGGUGCCAAUACUCUCAAAGAUGGAUCCGAUCCCAAGAUCUUGCCUGACUCUGAUUACCCUGAUUGGCUCUGGCGUCUUCUCGAUAAGCGACCAGCGCUUAGUGAGCUUAGGAGGAAGAACGUCGAGACUCUUCCCUACGAUGAUCUCAAACGUUUUGUCAAGCUCGACACACGAGCUAAAAUCAAGGAGAACAACUCCAUCAAGGCCAAGAACUGAGAGAUGUAAGAUGAUCUCUUCUGCUCUUCCCCCUUGUCACUCAACUCUCUCCCUGUUGCUGUUUUCGCCACAAAUGGGAACUAUGCUUGCUAAUAAUAUCUAGCUUCUUCCAUUUAGAUUACAUUUCAAAAGGAUUAUGAUGCUCUUGUAUGUUCUCACAAUCUUCAAGAAAUUUCUCUGUAUUGAAACAUUGGAACAUUAAAUAGGUUUAUCAUGGUCAAGUUACUUUUCAGAGUCUGUGGCGUUAUGCU